GCGCCACUGGGGUCUUCUCCAUGCGGCUCGGGCUAUGACAGCCUCCGUGCUCCUCCACCCCCGCUGGAUCGAGCCCACCGUCAUGUUUCUCUACGACAACGGCGGCGGCCUGGUGGCCGACGAGCUCAACAAGAACAUGGAAGGGGCGGCGGCGGCGGCGGCGGCGGCUGCAGCGGCGGCGGCCGCCGGGGCCGGGGGCGGGGGCUUUCCCCACCCGGCCGCGGCGGCCGCGGGGGGCAACUUCUCGGUGGCGGCGGCGGCCGCGGCGGCUGCGGCGGCCGCAGCUAACCAGUGCCGCAACCUGAUGGCACACCCUGCGCCCCUGGCGCCUGGCGCUGCAGCCGCCUACAGCAGCGCGCCGGGAGAGGCGCCCCCGUCGGCCGCCGCCGCUGCCGCCGCCGCCGCCGCCGCCGCCGCCGCCGCCGCCGCCGCCGCUUCGUCCUCGGGAGGGCCCGGCCCCGCCGGUCCGGCAGGCGCCGAGGCCGCCAAGCAGUGCAGUCCCUGUUCGGCGGCGGCGCAGAGCUCGUCGGGGCCCGCGGCGCUGCCCUACGGCUAUUUCGGCAGCGGAUACUACCCGUGUGCCCGCAUGGGCCCGCACCCAAACGCCAUCAAGUCGUGCGCGCAGCCCGCCUCGGCCGCCGCCGCCUUCGCCGACAAGUACAUGGAUACCGCCGGCCCCGCGGCAGAAGAGUUCAGCUCCCGCGCUAAGGAGUUCGCCUUCUACCACCAGGGCUACGCGGCCGGGCCUUACCACCACCAUCAGCCAGUGCCUGGCUACCUGGAUAUGCCGGUGGUGCCGGGCCUCGGGGCCCCCGGCGAGUCGCGCCACGAGCCCCUGGGUCUUCCUAUGGAAAGCUACCAGCCUUGGGCGCUGCCCAACGGCUGGAACGGCCAAAUGUACUGCCCCAAAGAGCAGGCGCAGCCUCCCCAUCUCUGGAAGUCCACUCUGCCCGACGUGGUCUCACAUCCCUCAGAUGCCAGCUCCUACAGGCGGGGGAGAAAGAAGCGCGUGCCCUACACCAAGGUGCAAUUAAAAGAACUUGAACGGGAAUAUGCUACAAACAAAUUCAUUACCAAGGACAAACGGAGGCGGAUAUCAGCCACAACGAAUCUGUCCGAGCGGCAGGUCACAAUCUGGUUCCAGAACAGAAGGGUCAAAGAGAAAAAAGUCAUCAACAAACUGAAGACCACUAGUUAA